AUGUCGUUCAGGAACUCACUUGAGAAGAAGAAGUUGGACGAUGAGGCGAUGCACAUCGAAUCCGCUCCAGUGGUGACUGAGAUUGAGUCUUUCCGCGUACUGGGCCUUGAUCCCGACGAUGCAGAGUUUUUCACAAACUACUCAGAGGCAGACCGCAAGAAGACGUUCCGUAAAGUGGAUCUUCGUCUGGUUCCUAUGCUCUCUGUGUUGUACUUGAUGGCUCACAUCGACCGCGCGAACAUCGGAAAUGCAAAGAUCGAAGGCAUGAUUGAAGACCUUGGUAUGACUGGCGUGCAGUAUAACAUCGUCUUAUCAAUCUUCUUCAUUCCUUACGUCCUCUGCGAAGUUCCUAGCAACAUUCUUCUUAAGAAGUUCAAGCGUCCUUCGUACUAUCUGGGAACCCUCGUCACGAGCUGGGGAAUCAUCAUGACUUGUACCGGCCUUGUCAGGAACUUUGCUGGUCUGAUGGUUGUGAGAAUAUUGUUGGGCAUUUUCGAAGCUGGAUUCUUCCCGGCCGCCAUCUAUCUCUGCUCCUACUGGUACAUGCCUAAGAACUUGGCCACCCGUAUCUCCUACUUCUAUUGUAUGAGUGCUUUGUCUGGCGCCUUCUCCGGCCUACUAGCAGCUGGUAUCGCUCAAAUGGAUGGUACAGGCGGCUACGAGGGUUGGCGCUGGAUCUUCAUUCUUGAAGGUUUGGUGACAGUCUGUGUCGGCAUCGGAUGCUUCUUCCUUCUCAUUGAUACGCCUGCUCUUUCAUCUCGCUGGCUCAGACCCGAAGAGAUACGCUUCCUCGAGCUGUCAAUGUUCAUCAAGCAAGGUGGAUCAUUCCAGGCAGAAACCAGUGUCAAGAUGAGAGAUCUCAAGAUGGUGCUUAAAAAUUGGAGAGUAUAUGUACAGGCCUACUUCCUGUUCUGCCAAUCCGCCCUUUCCUAUGGCAUCAAGUUCACCCUACCUACCAUUACGAAAUCUAUGGGCUUCACCACAACAGUCGCACAACUCCUCUCCGCACCCCCAUAUGUCGCCGCCGCAAUCUCCGCUGUUUGUUUUGCAAAAGUCUCUGAUCGCUUCUAUCGCCGCAUGCCAUUCGUCGUCACCCCUAUGGCUAUCGUCGUAAUCGCCUACUCAGUGAUCAUCUCCCUCAACGGCGCCCUCGCAGAAAAGAAGGGCGUCGCCUACUUCGCCGUCGUCCUAGCCGUCAUAGGCAUCUAUCCCAUCCAAGCUGCUGCGGCCUCCUGGAAUGCCAAUAACCUUGCCCCAUCCUCUCGUCGUGUCAUCGGUAUCGCUUUGAACAACGGCGUGGGCAAUAUCGGCGGUAUCAUUGGCAGCUUCAUGUAUCUUGAAUCUGAGAAGCCGAAGUAUUAUACUGGCUUUGGACUUAGUUUGGCCUUUGGAGCUUCUGGGUUGAUCGUUGCACUGUUCCUUGAAUGGAGUUAUAUUUAUGCUAACAAGCAGAAGGCGAAGAUUGCGGAGGAGGCGAAGACGAAGUAUUCAGAUGAAGAAUUGUUCGACAUGGGAGAUAGCUCUCCACUGUUCAAGCAUGUGCUUUGA